CCCCAAGUUUCCUCUCCCUCGAAAACCCUCGCGAAUCUGAGAUCCCCAAGAAUUCCUUCUCGAAAACCCUAGAGGAGAGCGAGAGAGAAGAGGAGGCGGCGGCGGCGGCGGCGGAAGCACAUGGCGAUCAUCUCCGACUUCCAGGAGGAAGAGGCUCCGCCGCGGCAGCAGCAGCAACCGGCUUCGGUGGCGGCGGCGGCGGGGAGCGGCGACGAGGUCCUCGCGGCGGAGCUGGAGCGGAGGGGCGGCGCGAUCCCCUUCCUCCAGGCGGCAAUCGACGUGGCGAGGCGGCGGUCCGACCUGUUCCGCGACCCCUCCGCGGUGAGCAGGGUCACAUCGAUGGCGUCGGCGGCGAGGGCGGUGGUGGAGGCGGAGGAGAGGAAGGCGAGGGAGGCCAAGAGGAAGGCGGAGGAGGCGGAGAGGAAGGCGGCCGAGGCCGAGAGGAAGGCGAAGGCGCCCGCGGAGCCGAAGCCGGAGAGCUCGGCGGGGAAGGAUAGCAUGGAGGUGGACAAGAAGGAGGAGGGCAACGUGAGGAAACCAAAUGCUGGCAAUGGUCUUGAUUUGGAGAAGUACUCUUGGAUUCAGCAAUUGCCAGAGGUUACCAUCACCGUACCUGUUCCUCAAGGAACGAAGUCAAGGUUUGUCGUCUGUGAUAUUAAGAAGAACCAUCUGAAGGUUGGGCUGAAGGGCCAGCCUCCUAUCAUUGAUGGUGAGCUUUUCAAACCAGUCAAAGUUGAUGACUGCUUCUGGAGCAUAGAGGAUGGAAAAUCGCUGUCCAUUUUGCUGACAAAGCAAAAUCAAAUGGAGUGGUGGAAAUCCGUAGUGAAGGGUGACCCUGAAGUUGAUACACAGAAGGUGGAACCGGAGAACAGCAAACUCGCUGAUUUGGAUCCAGAGACUCGACAAACUGUGGAGAAGAUGAUGUUUGAUCAACGCCAGAAGCAGAUGGGUCUUCCAACAAGUGAUGAAAUGCAGAAGCAAGACAUGCUCAAGAAAUUCAUGGCUCAGCACCCGGAGAUGGACUUCUCCAAUGCAAAAAUAGCUUAGAACUUAUAAAUCGAGAGUGACCAGCAGUAUGGAGAAGGUUGGAGAUGCUGAAUGGAGAACUACAUUUCAUCUCGUUCUUAGUGUCUGUCGAUGGAUGGUUUACGGGUAGUGUCUGUCGAUGGAUGGUUUACGGGUUUAGCCGUGAGGUGAUUGGCCUCACGUCAUUUUGUGAAUUUUGUGUUCUUCAGAAACGUGAAUCCGUGCUGUUUCCUGAACCUUUGAAUGGAUAGUAAAAUCAGUUGCACCCCAGUGACCUCUAUUUGUGAAUCGAUUGCUUGUAAA